AAAUUCGCUCUUYUGCACACUUGUACAGCCCUUUAAAGAGUUUUUACCAAUAUUGUGAUAAAAUGGAACAAUUAAUUUGCAGAACUUGCUUAAAAACGAAUCUAUCACCAACGAGUUGUGUACAAAUUUAUAAUUUGGUCGAAACAAAUCAAAUGACGGUAAAAGACAUGUUGGAAUUAUUUAUGCCUGAAAUGGACUUGGAUUUAUUUGAUGGUGAAAUARUAAUGUGUAUACAAUGUUCAGAUUCCUUGAAAAAGGCUUAUCUCUUUAAAGACACUUGCUUAAAAACAGAGGAAAGAAUUUAUGAUUACUUGCAGAAAUACAAUAUUAAACUGGGCAAAAAAAUUAGUUUAAGUAACAUAAUAAGUCACGGAAAUAAUUAUCCUGUGAUAAAAAAUGAUGACUUGACUGAAAGUUACUUAAAUUCUUUCCAAGACAGCAAUAGUGUUAGUUACCCAAAUAAUACAGUAAUGAAACCGGAUAUAAAUCAGAUUCCGUCAGAACAUGAAAACCAAACGUUGGAAAAAUCGCGUAAUAGGAGACAUCGAAGCAGUACAAAAAAAUCUAAAAGCGAUAACACUUCAUUAAAACGCAGCUACACGUGCGAUUUAUGUGAAUACAAAGCCUAUAGAUUAGACCUCCUCAACACUCACAAACAGAAACACAAUAAAAACAUGUUGAGUGUAAAAGAAUACAAAUGUGACUUUUGCACCUACACUACUCUACGCAAACGGGCCUUAGACCGGCAUUCAUUCACACAUAAAGGCAAAUCGCCUCAUUUGUGCCAAAUAUGCAAUAAACCUUUUGCAGAAAAAUAUCAGUUGAAGUUGCACAUGAUCACACAUACGGGACAGGAGCUUCCACAUAAAUGUGAAGAGUGUGGUAAGGGAUAUUUGACCAAAUCGUAUUUAAAACAACAUAAAGAGACGAAACAUUUAGCGGAAAACUGUGCAAAAUGUGAUAACGAUAAGGAAGAGUGUGGACAUGCAACUAGAUGCUAUAAAUGUGAUUUGUGCGAGGCUAGUUUUAGUGAUAGGAGAGGGCUAGGCGCCCAUAAGUUCACACACACGGGGGGCGAACUACCCUACAAGUGUUCGCAGUGCAGUUUUAGUACGGCGUGGAAGGGGAAUUUGAAAAAACAUCUAAACAACAAGCAUUAAGAAGGAGAUUUCGCAAAAUUUUUAUAUUUGAUGCAUAGGUGGCAGCAGUGACAUUUUGCUUCAUUUGUUUUUAUUCUUGAAAGUUGGGAAUGAUUUUCUACUCAAGAUAGGGUAUUAUUUAUGUGUUUUUUACCCUCACGAGGAUCCCUUUUUGAAUAAUUUGAAUAAAUUUGUGUUUGACUUUUUUUUUAAUAAAUUAAGAGUUCGAAUUGCUCCUUCGCCUCAGA